AUGAAAUCAGCAUCCAACUCUCAAUCAACCUUCAAUCCCGUUUCAGCAAUCGUUCCAAACGAAGGACCUACCGGUGAUCCAAACGAUGGCAAUGGUUCAACUCAAUGUAUAAUAUGCGCUUUUGCGGAAAUAGGCGUGUUUGAGCCAGUGCUGCCAACUUCUUGCAUAUGA